AUGAAUGCUAUUUCUUCAUGCUACGAUCAUGCGUCGUCUCUCGGAAAAGACCGGGGCAUAGCUGAUUUGUUCCGUCAUUACUUCUCGGACGAAUCAUCAAUCUCCCAGGAUUGUUCAACAUGGAAGACGAAUAAGUACAUUAAUGUCUCACAGUUUCCUGGCGGUUCUUCCUCUGAAAUGAAAAUUGGGAGUGUCGCUUACUGUAUUGUGUUCCAGUCCGAGGACAGAAUCAGUGGACUGAAUGUUCUUCUGAGAAGCUGAAGAGUCGCUUUUUGAUCUAAAUGACCAAAACAGGGAAAAGCGUGUUAGGGUGGAUGAAGAAAUUUCUGAUUCCAUGGAAUCAAACGUAACUUAGUCUCUCAGCUUUGAUUUUUUCACAACAAUAUCUGUUGGAAGUGUUGGUCAAUAGAUAACUUAUUUAUACCACCGUUACAGACUUCAUAAGUUGUGCUUAACCGCUCUCCGUUCAAGAAAAUGGAAAAGAAGUAGUCCUUCAGUCUUUAUUCAAUAUACAUAUUCGUAUAAGUUG